AUGUUCUCCUACACUCUCAACGACGGCACCAUCAUUCCCUGGGUCGCAUUCGGCACUGGUACUGCCCUUUACAAGCAAGAUGCUACAGAAGCCGUUCGUGUGGCCAUCGAGAACGGCGUGACCCAUCUCGACGGUGCGCAAAUGUACGAGAAUGAAGACACACUUGGCGCAGGGAUCAAGGCAUCCGGAAAGCCGCGCUCUGAGCUGUAUGUGACGACCAAGUUGAAGGGUCUUGCGGAGGGCCAGACUAUCAAGGAUACAUUGGUGAUCUCGCUGAAGAAGCUGGGACUGGAAUACGUUGACCUAUUCUUGAUCCACGACCCCACGUCGGCAAAAGGCGAUCUGAAGGGGUGGUGGAAGCAGAUGGAAGAGGUCAAGAAGGAAGGUUUGACAAAGAGCAUUGGAGUGUCCAACUUUAGAGUCCAAGAUUUGAAGGAGGUCGUCCAGGUUGCGACUGUUAUACCUGCCGUAAAUCAGUUCCACCCAUAUGUCUUCAAAGCUGCCGAACCUAUCUACAGCUACGCCCUGGAGCACAAGAUUCUUAUUGCUUCAUAUGGUGGACUCGUUCCCAUCGUCCGGGCUCCCGGUGGUCCCCUCGACCCCGUCGUUGGCCGCAUCGCCGAGCGACUGAAGAUCUCUCCAGGCCAAGUCUACACAAAGUGGCUCAUCCAGAAAGGCAUCCUCGUUGUAACGACCUCUUCGAAGCCAGCGCGAAUCGUAGAGACCCUAAAGACUCCUGACGUAGCGGAUCUGACGUCGGAAGACAUCGCCGCGAUCCAAGACGCAGGAGCCAAGCUUCACAAGCGGAUUUUCAUGCGCCAUGUAUUUGGGGAAGCUUAG